AUGGAAAUUCUACCUUGUUCGAGUUUACAACGCGCUGAACAAGUCGAAAUCCCUGGUGGUGUUGUAAUGGAUGAAUUGCUACUUGAUUUGGAUGUUGAGGAGGCAACAGAAACCGAACCUCUUGGUAAUAACGGUGAAGGAGAGUCAUCCCCGUCUGAGCCUAAAUGGCUGCAACAAGAUGAACCUAUAGCUUUGUGGGUGAAGUGGAGAGGGAAAUGGCAGGCUGGAAUCAGAUGCGAGAGGGCAGAUUGGCCAUUAACGACUUUGAGAGGGAAACCGACACAUGAUAGAAAAAAGUAUUUUGUGAUUUUUUUCCCGCAUACAAAGAACUAUUCGUGGGCGGAUAUGCAGCUUGUUCGAUCUAUCCAUGAGUUACCGGAGCCUAUUGCAUAUAAGUCACACAAAGUGGGACUUAAAAUGGUUAAAGAUUUGACAGCUGCUCGACGCCACAUAAUGCGGAAGCUUACAGUUGGGAUGCUCAAUAUAGUUGAUCAAUUCCACUCAGAGGUUGUAGUUGAAGCAGCUAAGGAUAUAAUUAUCUGGAAAGAAUUUGCAAUGGAGGCUUCUAGAAGCAUAAGUUAUCAUGAUCUUGGAAGAAUGCUUGUGAAGCUUCAUAGUAUGAUUUUGCAACGAUACAUGGAUCCAAUCUGGCUCGAAAAUUCGUUUCCUUCAUGGGUACAAAAAUGUAAUGAUGCAGUGAAUGCCGAGAGUAUCGAAUUGCUGAAAGAGGAAUUUGACAAUUCUAUCCAAUGGAACGAAGUCAAAUCAGUUUCUGAUUCUCAGAUGCAAUUAAUGGUGUUGUCAGAAUGGAAAACGUGGAAGCAUGACGUUACAAAAUGGUUCUCGAUAUCUCGCCGUACUGUCGCAGAAAUAGCACAGCAGGAAAGUAAAAGCAUCUUUCACUCAGAUGUCCAGGCGAGCCGUAAAAGACAGAAACUUGAGAUUCGACGUGCAGAGACAACAAAUGCAUCACAGGUGGAAUCUGAUUUUUCUCCCCAAGGACUGACUGCAAUUGACUCGGAAUUUUUUCGUUCUCGAGACAACACAACUACUCCUGAGGUGAUGAAAAGUGAAAAUGCGAUAAUGAGUACACCAGAGAAUGGUUUGGAUCUAUGGGAUGGAAUUGUUGUUGAAGCAGGAGGUUCUCAGCUCAUGAAAACAAAAGACGCUAAUGACUUAUCUAACCUUCAAGUCCAUAACAUAAACGAAUCAGUUGUGAAGAAACCAUAUGGUUCGGGAAAUAAAAGUCAGCAAUGCAUAGCUUUCAUUGAAUCGAAAGGACGGCAAUGUGUGAGGUGGGCGAAUGAAGGUGAUGUUUAUUGUUGUGUGCAUUUAGCUUCUCGUUUCACCACCAAAUCUAUAAAAAACGAGGGAUCGCCUGCUGCUGAAACACCAAUGUGCGGAGGUGUUACUGUUCUUGGUACCAAAUGCAAACACCGAUCUCUACCUGGAUUGUUGUUCUGCAAGAAACACCGUCCUCAAUCAGGGAUGGAGAAACCGUUUAAUUCUUCAUCUCAUCAGGCGAAAAGAAAGGUAGCAGAAAUUAUGCCAACCUUAGAAACAGCUCAAUAUCAAGAUUUAGUGGCUUUUGGAGAAACAGAGGGUCCAUCUUUCGAGAGAAGUGGGCCCAAUGGAACCACGAGCUUCACCGAGAUGCUUGAGCAUUGUAGCAAAGAUGAUAACUUGUGUGUAGGUUCUUGUUCAGAAAACAGCUAUGUUCCUUGCCAUGAAUUCUCGACAAAGCACUCGUUAUACUGUGAACAACACCUUCCUAACUGGCUCAAGCGUGCGAGGAAUGGAAAGAGUCGGAUAAUAUCCAAAGAAGUUUUUGUCGAUCUUCUAAGGAGUUGUUCAUCACGUGAGGAAAAACUGCCUCUACAUCAAGCCUGUGAUGUUUUCUACAAGCUCUUUAAAAGUGUCUUAUCUUUAAGAAACUCGGUCCCAAUGGAAGUACAGCUUCAGUGGGCGAUAUCAGAAGCUUCAAGAGACGCUGACGUGGGAGUUGGGGAUUUCUUGCUGAAGCUAGUAUCCCGUGAAAGGGAGAGAUUAUCUAGGAUAUGGGGUUUCAGUGCCAGUACUGAUGAAGACGAUGCAUCACUAUCAGAAUCUCCUAAUCGAUUGCUUGCCAUCACCAAUACCUGUGAUGAUGAUGAUAAAGAAACCAGAGAAGAAGAUAAAUGGUCGUUUGGUGGAUUUGCUUGUGCUAUUUGUUUAGAUUCUUUUGUGAACAGAAACCUUUUGGAAACUCAUGUGGAGGAGAGACAUCACGUGCAAUUUGCUGAAAAGUGCAUGCUUCUUCAGUGUAUUCCUUGUGGCAGCCAUUUUGGAGAUAAAGAUCAGUUGCUGGUUCAUGCUCAAGCUGUGCAUCCUUCUGAGUGCAAAACAAUAACUGUCGCUUCGGAGUGCAAAUUGACUAAUAAUGAAUCUUCUCAAAAACCUGAAGCAGGCGAUUCAGAAAUUGUUGUGAGCCAAAACAAUGAGAGUACAAGCGGCGUACAUAAAUUUGUUUGCAAGUUCUGUGGGAUGAAAUUCAAUUUAUUACCAGACCUUGGCCGUCACCAUCAGGCAGAACACAUGGGGCCGAAUCUAGUUGGCUCUCGUGGUCCGAAGAAAGGGUUAAGGUUUAAUACCUACAGGAUGAAGUCUGGUAGGCUUAGUCGUCCCAAUAAAUUCAAGAAAAGUCUUGGUGCAGUUUCAUAUAGGAUUAGAAACCGGGCUGGUGUAAAUAUGAAGAGGAGGAUGCAAGGUUCUAAACCACUUGGUGUGGAAGGAAAAACUGGAUCAUCGCCGCCUCUGAGUGAUAGUAGAAUCUUUGAUAGAUCAACAGAUACUCAUUGCUCUGUGGUUUCGGACAUAUUGUUCUCAAAGAUUCAGAAAGUUAAACAUCGCCCUAAUAAUCUCGAUAUCCUGUCUGCUGCUCGAUCAGCUUGCUGUAGGCUGAGCCUUGAGAACUCGUUGGAGGCUAAAUUCGAGAAUUUGCCUGAGCGGAUAUAUCUCAAGGCAGCAAAACUCUGUGGUGAGCAUGGUGUACAAGUGCAAUGGCAUCGUGAAGGAUACAUAUGCUCUAACGGAUGUAAGCCUUUUAAAGACCCAAAUCGUCUAUGCCCCUUGAUCCCGCGGCAAGAGAAUGAUCGAUCUCAGAUAUCUAUGGACACCAAAGAAGAUUCUAAUAACGGCUUGGAAGUAGACGAGUGUCAUUGUAUCAUGGAGGCUCAUCAUUUCAGUAAGAGACCGUACGGAAAGACUGCGAUUUUGUGCAAUGACAUUAGCUUUGGUAAGGAAUCAGUUCCAAUAUGUUGUGUCGUGGAUGAUGAUCAUUUGAAUUCCUCAGAGAGGCCUUGGGAAAGUUUUACUUACGUUACAAAAUCAUUACUUAAUCCACCAAUGGAUCUUGGAAAGGAGAACCUGCAACUCAGGUGUGGCUGUUGGGGUUCAGUGUGCUCGCCUCUAAUUUGUGAUCACGUAUACCUUUUCGGUAACGAUUUUGAGGAAGCUAGAGACAUAUAUGGAAAAUCCAUGAGGUGUAGAUUCCCAUAUGAUGACAAAGAACGGAUCAUCUUGGAGGAGGGUUAUCCUGUUUAUGAAUGCAACGAGCUCUGCGGAUGCUCUAGAACAUGUCAGAAUCGAGUUUUGCAGAAUGGAAUUCGCGUGAAACUGGAAGUUUUUAAAACAGAAAGCAAGGGAUGGGGAUUACGAGCUUGUGAACAUAUACUACGUGGCACGUUUGUUUGUGAAUAUAUUGGAGAGGUCCUGGAUCAGCAAGAAGCAAACAAGAGGCGAAACCAGUAUGGAAAAGAAGGUUGCAGCUACAUACAUGACGUUGAUGCAAACAUCAAUGACAUUGGUAGGUUGAUGGAAGGAGAGCCUGAUUAUGCUAUUGAUGCUACUACUCAUGGCAAUAUCUCUCGGUUCAUCAAUCACAGCUGCUCGGCGAAUCUCGUUACCCACCAAGUUAUUGUAGAAAGCAUGGAGUCGCCGCUUGCUCAUAUCGGUCUAUACGCCAGUAUUGAUAUAGCUGCGGGAGAGGAGAUCACUCGAGACUAUGGAUGCAGACCAGUAACAUCCGGACAAGAAAAUGAGCAUCCAUGCCAUUGUAAAGCUAUAAAUUGCAGAGGUCGUUUCUGUUAA